GCUAGAUUAACCACCUCCAUACUCAACGAUGAAGUGUUGGACUCCAUUAUUUUUGGUUUCGCUCUUAUGGGCUUCAGUACUUGCAACUUACACAAAUGAUGAGUUGCACAAUGUGCUUGAGUCUAAAGGCAAGAAUGGCAUAAUUCACUUGUCUGACGAGAACUACCAAAAAGUGCUCUAUGGCGAAAGAGACUAUCAUCUCAUUCUCUUCUUGACAUCGCGGAACCCAAAGAUCAGUUGUUUUUUGUGUGGUGAGUUUGCGCCAUACUACGAGACUGUUGCUAACUCCUACAGACGUACAUAUCCUAAAGGGAUUACUGAAGACGGGAAAAACGUGUACUUUUUAGUUUCCGAGCUUGAUGACUCUAAGAAAUUGUUCAAGUUGUUGGCAUUGCAGUCAAUUCCCAAGGUAUACCACUUCCCUCCAACUCCAAAAGACACUAAGCCUUCGACAUUUUUGUCAGAUUCUCAUGAGUACGAAUUUUAUCAAGGCGAUCAUAUUGAAUUACUCUCCAAAUGGGUAACUGCGGUUACAGGCAAUAGCAUUGACUUGUACAUUCCAGUGGAUUACAGCAAGAUUGCCACGCAUGCUUUGAUUACCUUUGGUCUGAUUUUCGCCUUGAAGAUGUACUCUACUAGAUUGAUUAGCAUAGUCAGAUCACCAUUGCUUUGGGGUCUUGUGUCGAUCGUUCUUAUUUUGAUGUUUCUUACAGGCCACAUGUUCAAUCAGAUGAAGAAUUCACCAUAUGUGAGAGAUGAUGGGCGUAAGGUCGAGUACUUUGCACCUUCACCUCAAAUGCAGUAUAUCUUUGAGACCCAGGCAUUGUCUUCGUUGUAUGGGCUCUCGGGAUUGUUGUUCCUUGUUUUGACUGUGAGAGUUUCCAAGAUAAAAGACGCCAAAGCCCAGCUUUUGGCCAGUGUUGUUGUGUGCGCGUGCUUAUACUUGUUGUAUGGUAUUUUCUUGAACAUUUUUGGCAUCAAAUAUGGUGGCUACCCAUACAGAUUCUUUGAGUUCCUCAAGUUUUGAGACUUUCGUGGGAUGAUGGUUCAAAGAAACAACACUAAAUAGUAUCGAAGAAUAAAAGAACUCGACUCCAUUCUUUACAUCCCUAGUGGUGGGUGGGAAUAUAGUGCAAAAGUAUUUGAAUACUGGUGGCGAAUGUAGCCUGAUCUGUCGACAUCAUCACUGAAAGCUCAGUCUUCAAGUGUUUCCAAUUUUGCUUCAACUUUGUCAACCAAGACGGCACAAUUUUGAAGUUUCUUGCGUAUAUUUUUGACGCGUGUUUGAACACCCGCCAAGUCAAGUUCG